AUGUGGUGGUUGUUAAGCGUCACAAUCGGCGUUUGCGUAGAGAAUUAUUUGACGAUACACCGCGGGAAGCCAAGACUCGUUUCGUUCCAUCCUUCUCAAUGCAGUGAGGAUUAUGGGUCAAGAUCUGCGUUUUUGAUAGCGUGCGAGAUUGCUCAGCAUCUUGCCAUUGGUGAAGAAUAUCAGUCUGAAGAAACCGACGUGGGAAAUUUCUUUGCCAAAGUUGCUGAUUGUGUUGAUCUUGAAGUUAGCUCGGUGGAAGACAUGAUAAAAUGUUUCUUUGACAAUCAUGGUCGAGAAGAUUUGGUAAGAUCCAGGAGUAAAAUAGGAAGCAAACGUAAAUCGAAAGAAUCGUUCCUUAAUGUAGCGCGUGUUAGUAAAACGUUGCCAGAAUUGUACACUUUAGGAGUAAUGAAUGAGCUGUGUAAGUACUGCAAUGCUAGAUACUUUGCUAGCGAACCGAAGACGGUAUGUUGUAAUUCCGGUGUAAACAUAGUUUCCGAAUCGGUUUAUAAGUGCGAACGAGAUGAUUUGUUGUCAUGGUUUUGGGAUAUUGCGUUGAACAACAAGGAAAUAUUUCAGAUGUUACGUCCAAUCAACAAUAUGUUGUCUUGUGCUGGAAUCAACAUAAAGCUGAAAGAAUUUGGAACGCAUUGCGGACCAGUGCCGCUGGUUCUGGAAGGUAAAUAUUAA